AUGGACCGGACCGGGGCUGACGUGUGGGCCCGCACCUUUGCCCAGCUGAUGGCUGAGACGAAGCCCCAGGACGUCUGGGCUCUGCUCCCCCAGGACAGCCUGGCUGCUGGGCGCCUGGACAGCGGUGGGCUCCAGUACCGGCUGAAGGGGCUCUCCAGACUGCAGUGCAGCCGCUGCCGCUGGGCCUGGUCCUCGGCCCACGUGCACGUGCUCUUCCACCUGUGCUGGGAUGGGGACAGCCGGCGGGGGCUGGUGAAGAUGCGCAUCUGGGGCCAGCGGUGCCGGCUGUGUGCCCCGCCCUGCGGCGACUGCCACGUGAGCCCUCUCAACGUCCACAUCUUCCUCAGCAGGCUGGUCCUGCACAUCCUGCAGAAAUGCUACGGGGACAGCCUCGGCCCAGACCAGUGCCCCGAGAUGCGCUUUGGGGGUCGCUGCGAGGCCUGCGACCUGGGGGUCUGCUUCCUCCAGGGGGCCCCAGACCCCGCCUGGGGGCCGGUGGCCAGGAGCUCCACCUCUGCUGAGGGCAGGCGUGCAGGGAACGACGGUUGCCUCCCCGUUGCCACCUUGGGCAGCAGAAGCUGCGUCUCCAGGGCCACGGCCCCGCCCGCGCCCAGCAGCGGCCCCAGGGCCCAGUGCGCCGGGGGCCUCGUCACCAUCUCGCUCUCUGUGUGCGAGUUCCAGAGCCCCCUCUCUGAGACCCACGACUUCCUCAGCGAGGGCUACGGCAUCGUCGCCGUCCCCUUCUCCCUGGUGGACACAGACAUGGACCAGGGGCAGGUCGCCCAUGGCUGUGCCUCCCCUGGGGGCAGCUCCCUCCCUGCAGCUGGCAGCGGGGGGCCGCGCAUCCUUGGCAAGGGUUCCGUCUGUCUGUCUGGGGGUUCCACUGCCGCACCUGAGGGCAAAAGCAUCGCGGUGGAUGUCAGAGACCCCAUCUUCCAGGGCAGAGGCCACCUCAGCGAAGUCAAGACGACCUUCGAGCUCCGGGGCUUCCUCUUCAAGGGCGGGGGAACCUGCCCCCGCCCUGUCGGUGUGGCCAGAGGCCAGGGCCCCGUCUCCUGCAGCCACGGCCUCGGGGUCCUGCGGACAGCCCUGCCGACCCCGUCUCCUGCAGCCACGGCCUCGGGGUCCUGCGGACAGCCCUGCCGACAGGGUCCUACAUUGGCCAUUGGGGACAAGGAUGCCUUCACCUGCUGCAGAGAGGGCGAAGGGCAGGAGGGUGGCUGCCAGGGCCCUGCCAGCGGAGGAAACACCACCCUCCCGGAGACUGCUGUGGACAGCCCCACGGCCAGUGGGGAGCACUCGGUCACAUUCCCCUUCACCUUUACUGAGGACGCAGAUGCCUUUGCUGGUGUUGCCCAAAGCAACGGGAAGGAGGGUGGCCACCAGGGCCUCGUCACUGCUGGUCAUGACCCCUGUCCAGAGACCAACGCCAGGGGCCUCACUUCCAAGGAUAAGGGCUCCCUGGCCACCUCCUCCUUUCCUGAUGACAUCAGAGGCAGAGACUCUUUCAUUGAUGUCACUGAAGGCAGAGAGAAGGAAGAUGGCAGCCAGGGCCCUGCGGGCCACGAGUCCCGCCCGCCAGCCAGCGCCCACGGCCGCGUCUGUGUCACCAAGGGCUCCCUCACCAUCCCCUUCUCAGUCCUGGACAUAAUUCGCAAGGGCCCCAGCCACAUCGCCCACGGCCCCCAAAACAAUGGCUUGGUCACCUACGGCUAUUACAGGAAGAGACGGCUGAGGUCCAGGCUCAGCAAGUCCAGCCGUGGCGGCCGCAGAGAGGCAGACCUCAGCUCCGGCCGCGCCUGCCAAAGGCCACGUGCCGAGCCCUACGAAGAUGCGUGGAUCUGGGUUUCCCUGACCCUCUGCAUCCUCUGGCUGCUGUGCAUGUGCAGACUGAACCCCGGCAUCUUCCCCCAGCAGGUGUGACACCUCCAGCUGCACCUGCCCUCUGCCCCCCAGCA